GCGUUUUAAAAAACAAAAGAAAUGUCCAGUUAUUAACAGUCGUACCUCUAUCAUUAGUGUAACGAAAUUUAUUUUAUUUAAUUUAGUAAAAUGUACCGCUAUCCGAAGCGAUUGAGUGAACUAUCGCCGAUAAGCUUAACAGAUGAAGAAUCCGAAGGGGAAACUAGUUCGAAAAAAUCGCCGGUCAAACUACAACCGAAACGAUUGGAUGAACUUUAUUCAGAAUCAUCUGUCUUCGACGAGUUGUAUGAGGAUGAUGAUCCUGCUCAAUCAAAUGAAAGUUCCGGCUUUGAUGAAAAGGAUAUUGAUAGCGAAAGGGACCGUAAAUCAUCAACACCGUUUGGCAAAGAAAAUGAUCGCAAUUCAGCAAACUGGAAUGGGGCAUCUUCAUCUGGAACGUGUAAGCGAAAUGGACAACAGUUGUCACACGAAAGAAAUCUCAGCAAGCCAUCCGAAUCAACUGCUACAAUGCGUUCGAUGACAAAAAAUUACUUCGACCCGGAGUCAGCUAAAAAGGCAACCGAUCCACAACCCAGAUCGCUACUUUUCAGCCCAAUCGAACUAUUAAAGGCCACACAGAAAAAUGCCCAGAAUAUGCCACAACAUCCGAUCGAUGAUUUCUUCGCCACGCCGUCCAUCAAACCACCGCUAACCACUGGUCGCAUCAUUUUUUCCAGCAGUCAAAACAAACAGCGUCAACCACGCAAACUAACUCCAGAUUAUCAGAAGACCUUGUUCACUACUCCGCAGGCCGUUACCAACAGUCACAUUUCCACCAGUGACUACGGAACGGACAGUUUUAAUUCUCUCAGGAACCCUUUAUUCUUGACGGUGCUUUCGCCGAUUGACGAGGAAAAAAUUUCGAUUGAUGAUUUCAAUUCACUUAGUGCUAAUGAUUCGGGCACGGCCCUGGAGAACAAAGUGAUCGAGAUCAACGGGAAAGAGUUCAUUUUGAAAAAGAAAAUCGGCAGCGGUGGUUCGUGUCUGGUAUAUUCAAGUAAAUGUAAAUUAAAUGGAGCCGAUCGGGCCUUGAAAGUGGUCAAUUUACGGACCGAUCCGGCCAAUGUGGAGAGCUACUUGAAUGAAACGAAGUGCCUAGAAAAACUGCAGGGGAAUGCAAAUGUCAUCAAAUUGUUUGAGUAUUUACAUCGUCCCGACAAGUAUUCUCUAUUCCUGGUCAUGGAACUGGGCGAAACCGAUCUGAAUAAAGUAUUAAAAUCGUACGAAUCCGAUAUACCGCUGCUCACGAUCAUAUCCUAUUGGCAUCAAAUGUUAACGGCCGUCAAAUGCAUCCACGAUAAUCACGUCAUCCAUUCCGAUUUGAAGCCGGCCAAUUUCCUGAUCGUCAACGGUCGACUGAAGUUAAUCGAUUUCGGCAUUGCCAGCAGCAUGUCGUUGGAUGCGACCAGUAUCAACAAAUUUCAACAAACUGGCACGCUUAAUUACAUCAGUCCGGAAGCACUGAUUGAUACUUCGACGGGCAGCACGCCUCAGAAGAUGGUGGGUCAGGAAGGAGGCACGUCGCAGAAGAGGAAUCGGUACAAGAUUUCGAGAAAAUCGGACAUAUGGUCGCUGGGAUGCAUAUUCUAUCUGACAGUUUAUCGGCGAACACCAUUUUCGCAUAUCAAACAAUUUUAUGCGAAAUUUGCAGCAAUCACCAGUCCAGAUACCGCAAUCGAUUAUCCAUCGCUACCGGUCUACUAUCCACCCAUGUUGUCUGAGAUGAUCCAAAAAUGUUUGCAGUUCAACCCGCAAAACAGAAGUUCCGCAGCUGAAUUACUAAACUAUCCGAUGAAUAUGAUUGAUCCGUCUAUUUCUUAAUUGCUUCGUUUGUAGAAAUAUUUAUUUUUUUUACUUUUACAUAAAAUUGCUUGCUACCACUAAUGCCAACCAAUAAAUUAUAUUUCUAAAGU